AUGGACUCCGCAGAGUUCACCUUUUUGAAUACAACUGGGGCCUCGACCCUAUCCCAACCCACACUGAAGCAGAUGAGAGCGCACGUCACAAAAGCCAAUUUCGCAAAACGACGGCAGCGGAUCGCGGGCACAGCAUCUUCCCAGUCGCGAAAGAAAUCAAAACGAAAAAGCAAUACCGAGGUUGCUAUUUUCAGGGCCCCAACUUCCGGUGGUGACAUCGGAGCUCUGCAUAAGCUGCAAGAGUUUGUUUAUCUGGAAGGCAGGCAUGCUCCCGACGGUCCCAGUGAGGCCGCCUGGUUUGACCUCAUCGCCUCUGACCCUGCACUGGUCGAAGCGUCAAUGGCUGUAGCUGUGCAGCAGUGGUCUCCCGACAUUUCCUGGCAGUACCGAGCACACAAUCAUAUGGAUAAAGCCGUGAAUCUUAUUAAGCAGGCGAUCAUGUCUACAAAAUCGAGCACUGAUGGCGUUUUGGGUGCAGUUCUUACUAUGGCUUUUGGUGCAGCUUUGGCCGAUGAUAGGUUUGCGUGGAAAAUCCAUAUCAAUGGGCUCACAAAUAUCAUCAGAGACCGAGAAUCUCGCCUAGCCGACUCUUUGCCGUCAUGGGUCAUAGACCUUGUUGUCCAGGACUCGAUCAAUGGCAUUUUGGGCUUCCCUCGGAUCUGGCAUCCCAGUGUAAUCAAUGCAUUGAGCCAUUACCAUGACCAACGACUGUCCAGACUCGCAGCACUUUGUGACGGUGUCAGUCGUUUGAAAGGCAUGGUUGAUUCGCAUCACGAACACGCUUUUGACUCGGUUCUUGUCGCUCAAGCAAUCGAAGAACCGCUAGCCCGAUUACAGUACGAAGCACGUGCACUCAGAACAAGCGAUAAGAUUCAUAUCGAGGCGGCCGCACGAGCGAUUGAGAUAAUCCUCCAUCUUCUUUGGCCCACACACUCAGCAGCCUAUUUAACUCUCCUUGCCAGUGACCUGCGAGAUGCGAUGCAACGUUUCCCAAUCAAGGGCUGCCCUUACAUGCAUAUGACUUGCUUCCAACUCAUGGUCGGGGCCAUAGCUGCAGAGAGGGGCUCGCCUGCGGGGACAUGGUUCGUGGAUAGAAUCUCGAUGGCAGUCCGCUGGAUGCGGCUACGCGGGUGGCCCAAACCGCUGAGACUCUUGCAAGAGAGGCUGGUGUCGGAUAUCGGUCUCAAUGGUCUGUUCAAACAGCUUUGGACGGAGUUGUCAGAUCCGGACGUUUUUGCUGAGGUGGAAGGUUCCAUGCCGGACUCGUGGAUGACCGUGUAUUCGACCGAUGACAAAUUCAGAUUUCAAAGCUCAGACUCCGCAUCACAAAUCCAAUAA